AUGGCUGAACCGGCGUCAGAACUCGAGCAAUUCCGCCAGCAAUGGAAAGAGGAAGUCAGUGCUCGCUCGAGAAAGCCAGAAAAGAAACCUGGAUCAUCAGUCCAGUACAAACAGAGAAGGACCAGCGAUGGUCGACCUGAAAGGCCCCUCAACAAACCCCCGACUCGCCAUCCGGCGGCAGAUAUCAAACAGGACGAUUCCGACCACUACAGCGAUGCAGAUCAAGCCGGCGGUAGCAGCUCGGCCACGCUCGCGCCGCGCAUGGAAGGUCUGAAAGUCCAUAGUGUGGACGACGAUGAUUUCACCGCAAGGGCUUCGUCGAAGAAAGAACCCAUCAGUGCCUUGGAGCAUUUCGAGCGUGCCGUCGAAAAGGAGAGUCAGGGGAACUUGGGCGACAGUCUCUCCCACUACCGCAAAGCCUACAAGCUCGACGCAAAGGUGGACCAGUCGUACAAGAACAAGCACUUCCCUCAAGCAGCCAAGUCAAAAACACCCAACCCCAACCCCUCCAACGCCCCUGUCACCGUCCCUUCCACCGCCCAUCACUCCCUCAAAGAACCCGGCCCAGAGAAUCUAACCUUUUCUCAACUGAUCGACUCGUUUGCACACGCGCAAAUUCAGGGUGCACCACCCAUCAUUGAAGGCGACCGUCCUCCGCCUUGCGCCAUUAAGAAGCUGCCCACAGAAGUACUGUUGGAGCUACUAGAACACAUAGCCAUCCGGGAUCCAGCCAUAUAUGUCCGGCUGUCUUUGGUCUGCAGGAAACUGGCAUAUCAUGUCGUGACCGACAACGCCGUUUGGAGACGGGUGGCGCUGGGCCCCGAGUUCGGCCUCGCCAGCCAACGAUACGAUUUCAACACCGACCUGCAGGGUCGCGAGAUCACCUUCCGUGUGCUGGACGACGACCUCGCAGAUGAAGACUCGCCGUCCCCUCUCCGUGUGUCACAUAUUCCAUUCCCAAAGGACACCAUCUGGCGAGACGUCUUCCACAACUAUCCCCGCGUCCGCUUCACGGGCGUGUACAUCUCCACGGUCAACUACACUCGACCGGGCGCUGCCUCUGUCACAGCAAGCACCUGGACCAACCCGGUCCACAUCGUCACGUAUUACCGGUAUCUGCGAUUCUUCCGGGACGGGACUUGUAUAUCCCUUCUCACCACCAACGAGCCGGUCGAAGUGGUCCACCACCUGACACCAGAGAACUUGACCUUCGUCCGUUCCGGGAAAAAGGAAGCAGCACAUCCCUUGAACUUUACCUCGUCGGCACCAGCCCUUCUCAGAGAACCCGGCUCAUCCACUGCUGCCUCCACCGCCUCCAAUGCAGGCGCACCUCCCCCGUCGGCGCGAGACGUGAUGAAACACGCCCUCCGCGGCCGCUGGCGCCUGUGCCACCCGAGCCUGGACCUCCCGGGCUCUGAGCCCUCCACCACUACCACUACCACCAACCCGCACCAGAGCCUAGAACCAACGACACUCCCGUCCUCCAACCCGACACCGAUCAUGUCCCCCGGCGAUCUGCACAUCGAGACCGAAGGCGCCGGCCCGCGGUACAUGUACACGAUGCAUUUGUCGCUGAAGUCGGCGGGGUCGGCGCGCUCGCGGCACACCACCAAGAACAACAAGCUGGUGUGGAAGGGUUUCUGGAGCUACAACGUGCUCACCAAUGAUUGGGCCGACUUCCAUCUCCGGAACGACAAGCCCUUUUAUUUCUCCCGCGUCAAGGGCUAUGGCCUGGGGUAUUGA